AUGGCCUCAGACCCAGGGGGGAGUGUUGGUGUUCUGGAUACUAGUCCAGCUCUAGUCCCAGGCCUGGAGGUGUUGGAAGGCCAAGAAGCCCAAACAAACGAAAGGAGACCUGUUAAGGAAAGUUUAAUUAGUAAAGCUUUGACGGUUUUGGACAAAAAACUGGGAGAUGCUUCUGCUAAUUAUCAGACUUUAUGUGCAAUGUAUGAUGAUUUGUACAAGCAGAAGCAAGAUUUGGUAAAGAAAGUGGAUGAAGUAACCCAGGAAUCUGAGAGAACAGGUUUUCUGCAGCAGAUUGAUCAGAUCCAGGUGGAGAUCGACUCCCUACAAACGGCAAUGGAUGUAAAAGAGCAAAGCAUUGAAAAACUGAAAAGUGCAAUAAAAGGUGAGGAAAGAAAAUGUUAUAAAAUGCAAAAGUUAAACCCAUUAAAGAUUAAGAAGGUACCCACACAACCGCUAAAAGACAAGCAAGUAGGGGUAAUGAUAAAGAAAUUAAGUGAUAAAAUGUGCCCAGUGACUUUACCUGCUCAAACAGGAGAGGCUGCUGCUGAAUGUAAACCUGAGAGUUCACCUGGGUGCAAUAAACCAGCAGCCCUCAGCAUUGCCAUACCUGAAUGCUUAAAUGAAAUAACUGUCCAUAAACUGAGAUCUAGGAGCAUAAAGCGUGUUGUGGAAACACUUAUUGAGAAAGAAAGUGAUUUGCAAAAACCUCUUGGUGUAAGCAUUGCAAGAGAUGCAACACAAUGCAGGGAUUCCACAGCAGAGCAGAAUCUGGAGGAAUCACCGGAUAGACAUCUGCAAUCUGGAACUGGCUCUAGCAAUCCAGAAGGACAAAAACAUGGACCGGAUACAGGUACUAAAAUGGGAACAGGAACCAGCAAACAGAGCAGCACACAGGUAAAUGAACAACAACCUGCAACAAGCGGGAAUUUGUUUUCAAAUGUAGCAAGAUCAAGGGGAGAUGUAUCUAAGCGGAAGAAUGCAGUGCGCCUGUUGUUCACAGGACCAGAACCUGAUAUUCCAGACAGAAUAUUCAUUGGUCGCAAACUCUUAA